UUACUCCGCGGGGCGGGAAGCUGCGAACGCCAAAAGCACGCCAAGGUGUCAAGUGAUCGAUAAACAAUAACAAAACAUGGUCCUGUUUGAUCGAUAUUGGGUUAUUGUACGGAGAUUCACACAGAGGCACGGGAUGAUGCAUGCGGAAACAACAACCAGCUCGAUAUGUGGAAUGUCGUGGCGGAUACAUAGGUGACCGCAGUGUUUACCCCAGACUCAUCACACUCGCAGAAGUUUUGGAAAUUAGAGGGAUUAAGAUGUACAGAUUUUCCCUAACCAUGAGAGCAUAUACUUAGGAGUUUUCUUUUCCCUCUGUUUUGUCUCAAUGCAUUAUGACAAUAAUCACCAUGCCGCUUAGAAUGUCACAUAAAUGGCCUAAAUCUUGUGGAUUUGAUGUUUUCGGUGAAGGACCUGCAUAUGUGCUGAGUGUAGCAAAAGGAAGCAUCGCAUUUCAUGCUGGUCUCUCGCCAGGAGACGAAAUCAUUGAACUAGAUGGGGAGGAUGUUACUAAUGCUUCAGCAACAACCCUCAAGUCCCUGGCUAAGCAUAGUCGCUCCCAGCCCCCCACUUUGGGGGUUAUCACUCGUGUUCAGCAGAUAGAGGUAGUGUGUUCGAGAGUAUCGGGGUGUGGAUUCGAUGUACAGGGCAACAAACCUGUGCAUGUGAAAAAUGUGGAGUUAUCGGGACCAGCUCACCAAGCAGGUGUCAAACCAGGUGAUAUUCUUUUGGAAAUGAAUGGAUUUCCAAUCCGGAAACAAGAAGAUGUCAAACCCUUCUUGUCCGGGAGGUUAAGAAGACUCGCUAUCAGCAUUAUCCCCGUUGGAAGACGCAAGGAGUACAAACAUGUUCUGAAGAGAAAUGUUCCAACUCAAAACCAGCCCGGAGAAUGGGGAAGAGUCAAAAGAGCCAAGUCACUACACGACAGGAUGAACGAGAUUCUGGGAAACGACUACGAGAAGAAGAUGGCGGUGGUCAGUGUUCUGAAGCAGUACGCUGAGGAUCGGGACGUAGACAUGCUGGCCCGGGCUCUGGCCGCCAUCCUCAAGACCCCCAAACAAACCAGGAUCAUCCAGCAGAUCAGGCAGUUUAUUCCACCUAAACAGCGGGCCCGAUUUGAUGAGUUUCAUAAAUAUCAAAGAGCAAAUAUGAUCAAUUUUGAGGAAGAGGCGUCUAAAUUUGAUCAUGCUCACACUGAGAGAAGGGUUUUUCAGAUAUUUCGAGAAAAUGGUAGUUUUGGUUUUGUCAUCAAGGGGAACAACCCAGUUUGUGUGGAGUCUGUUGAUCCACUGGGACCUGCGGAUAAAGCAGGGCUACAGGCAGGGGACGUCAUCCUGAAGCUCAAUAGUAUUGAUGUCAGACGAUGCACACAUGCUCACCUAGUGCAGCUUUUACAGGACAGUGGGUCCUCACCAGAGAUUGAGGUCCUGAGGACCCAUAGAGAUGGUGGGUUGAGCACUUUCAGCAUGUCUACAAUGUCCCUGUCCUCCAUAUCAAGCCACGCCUCCUCAGAGUGGAUGAAAGCAGACGGCAAAGACAUGAUUGACAGUAAUGGAAAGUCCUUCAAAAGCCAUGCUGAAUAUUUGCUGACAUCCAAAGAAAGAUCUCACAUGAGGAAAGCCAUGAUACAUUAUGACACAUCCAGAAACAUUGUUGAUUUCUACAAUAAAGUGUCCCAGAUACUGGACACCCAGUCCAAGAAAACCCUGUGGAAGUUCAUCCUCCUUAAGCUGACUCCUCCGCAUCAGGAGUACUGCCUCAACAAGAUCAACCUGUCAGAGGAGGUCUUACUAGAGGUAGCAGCCCUUCCAAGUCACAUUGGAAGAACAGAUGGAAGGAAAAUUUCAAGACCCCAUACACCUCGACAAAAGCCACAGCUGACCUCGUUUCAGCAACAUUGUGAAUAUUUGUUAACCUCCAGAGAGCGGACUCACCUGAAAAGGUCGCUAAGAGCCUACGCCCACAACAGGAAUGUAGAGAGCUUGAUUCAGUCGCUGGAGAUCAUUCUGGACACGCCCUCCAAACACACCCUGUGGAUGUUCAUCAUUCCCCUCCUGAUCACGGAGCAUCAGGACUACACUAGGGAAAGACUCAACCUACAGGCUAGCAGCAAAAGUAAACUCCUGUCUGAUGUUAUACAGGCUAGCAGCAAAAAUUCCAUCAAAACGGGCACUCCUGGUAGUCAUUUUGGAUCAACAAGGAGCAAAGUUCAUGGAAAUCCAAAUGAUGAAUUCAAAUAUGUAGGAGCAGCAGCAAGCUCCCUAAAGAGAAAUCAAGGACGAUCUAAUUGGUCUUCAUACUCCUCUGAUGAAGAUGUUAGGGAUCGGAGCAUCAGGUCAGGGGUCAGAAAGGCCAGAGGUCGCUUAUGGAAGAAAAUGCAUCCUGGGUACACCUACUCAUCAGACGACAUAGAUCUCAUCGGGAAACAUGGAUAUGACUUCAGUAGACACAGAGAUGGCACAGGGAAGGCUUAUGAUUUUGCUUUGAUGAAGGAGUUAGAAGAAACUAGGAAGGUGGUUCAGGAGGCCAAGAGAGCAUUCCAAAGCAACAGGGGAUCAGAAUCGGAAGAAGAGAUCCAUUCUGCCACUAAAUAUGUGACCGUGAUCCCCAUCCCUCAGUUUGAGCACUCCAUUCUCAACCACCAUGAGAGUCCACUGUUAAACGGACAUGCCCACUCCACCAGCCUCCCCAACGGGCUCAACGAGCCCCCAGAAAUCAUCUUCACUAGUGAGUCAGACAGCGAGGCUGACUUUCAAGCCACUAUGACCAAGUCACUUUUUUCUGUGAACUCCAAAGAUUCCUUCAACACUAGAGCUCUGACAGCCCUGAAGGAGCUGGAUGCUGCCAUGGCAGCCGAGGCAUCCGACCUAGAGUUAGGUCCCCUAGGGAUGAAGAGAAAUGGGAGCGUACCCUCCCCCUCACAGUCGUCCACAAAUGAGGACACUGACCCAGAUACAGAUCAUCAAGUGGCCGUACCCCCACCUCCAGCCCCUCCUCCCCCUCCCCCACCCCCACCUCCCUCCCUGGUCACAGAUGUGGGGAUGUCAGUGCACCAGGUCAAUGUCAAGAGGAUCAACUGGGAGAAGCUUGAUGCCGAUAAAGUAGAGAACACAAUCUGGGAACAGCUUGGAAAUGAUGACUUGGAUGAUGUUAUCAAGUACCUUGAAUUAGAAAACCAUUUCAGUGUCCAGAAUAAAAAGACAAAGGUGCCAGAGAAGAGAAACGAAAUAUACAUCCUCAAUCCAAAAAAGGCCUACAAUAUUUCCAUCUUGCUGGGACAUUUACGUUUGUCUGUGGAGGACAUGAAACAAGCUCUGUAUGAAAUGGACGAGGAAAUUCUCACCCCUGAACUUCUCAAACAAUUGGUGGCAUUCGCCCCUAGCAAAUCUGAAAUGGAGCGUUUUAAUUCUUUUGAUGGGGAUUUGGAUGAAUUGAGUAAACCAGACUUGUUCGCAUAUGAGAUGAGCAGAGUGCCAGGGUAUGAACAGAGGUUGAAGGCUUUACUGUUUAAAGGGAACUUCAAUGAAAAAAUCACAGAAAUGAAAGAGAAUCUUCAACACAUUAGAAAAGCAUCAAAGGAACUCAGACAUAGCAGAAAAUUAGCCAAACUACUGGAGUUGAUAUUGGCAAUGGGAAAUUACAUGAACAAGGGCAACCAGAGAGUUGGAGAGGCGAUUGGAUUUAAAAUAUCAUUUCUAUCACAGCUUGACAUUACAAAGACCAAGGACAACAAGACGACCUUUAUACAUGUCCUUGCUGACGCCGUGGUUACCAGGUUUCCCGAUGUCCUGGCCGUGGGUGAAGAACUUGGUACAGUGAUGGCCGUUGGAAAAGGGAAACUGGCAUGUAUGUCGAAUAUUAUGUUAAACCAGGAACUUCAAGAACUCAGAAAAGUUCUGCAGGAGAUAUCUAAUACCCUGGACAAGUUUGGUUCACAGAAAACAAGGACUCUGAAUGAUUGUUUUCAGGAUGUGAUGGGUCAUUUUAUAUCACAAGCCUCUGAUGAAAUUCAAGCUUUGUUUCGCUUACAAGCCAAUACAAUGGAAGAGUUCCAAAGCAUGGUCCAGUUUUUUGGAGAGGACCCAAAGAAAACUACAACAACUGAAAUUUUUGGAAUUUUUGCAGACUUCAUUACAAAAUUUGAGGCAGCUCACCAACAGAACAUGAUGCACAGGAGACGGUGACAGCAGCCCCACUAACCUGCAUGUAGCUCAUUGACCAAUAAUCUCCUUUGGUUUACUCCUACAGAUUUCGCAACUCAUUUUUAUACCAAGGAGUAAUGUCGACAGCACACAACCUCUCUAUUACAAAAAUCUUGAUUUUGUCAUCACUGACUCUCAUAUCAUUUCCAAAUAAAAACAAAUUCUGUGCUGUGAAACAAUGUUGUAUUUGUGUACUGCAAACCUUAAUUUAUUACUAAUAAUUCCUGUUCUGUUCAGAGAAGAAGUUAACAAACUUUUUCCAUGUGUAAAAAUUUAAAUUUUUUAUAGCUUGAGUAGUAUAAACGGAAUCUUUUUGACCCGCCCCCUCUUUUUUUUCUUUUCUGCUUCCGCCUAUUUAAGGAGGCCGACUUAAGUUUGCAUUGCGCAUGUUUUUGCGCAUUCUAAUAUAAUACAGUUGAUUUAUACUUCUUAUGAAUUUUUUUCGACAUCAUUUAUAAAAUUGAACACAAUAAACAAAAUAUAGAUAAAAAUAUUUA